AUCCACAGAAGAAGAAGAAGAAGAAGAAGAAGAAGACCAAGAACAAGACAACAACUGCUGCUUUACUACAUUUCUAACGUAUACCUAGUUGUUACAAACAUGGACAACUCUGGAAAAGAGAAGGAAGCCUCGGCUCUGAUCGCUGAGGCUGAAAAGAAACUGAAAUCGUCUCAGUCGUUUUUCGGGGCGUUGUUUGGAGGCUCAUCCAAGAUGGAGGAGGCCUGUGAUAUGUACGCCAGGGCUGCCAACAUGUACAAGAUGGCGAAGAACUGGUGUGCUGCAGGUAAUGCGUUCUCCCAGGCGGCCCGGCUCCACCUGCAGAUGCAGAGUAAACACGAUGCCGCUACUAACUUCAUAGAUGCUGGAAACGCCUUCAAAAAAGCUGACCCACAAGAGGCAAUCAACUGUCUGAACCGAGCCAUCGAGAUCUACACAGACAUGGGACGGUUCACCAUCGCAGCCAAACAUCACAUCUCCAUCGCAGAGAUCUACGAGACGGAGCUGGUGGACAUCGAUACGGCUAUAGCCCACUAUGAACAGGCAGCAGACUACUACAAAGGAGAAGAGUCCACAAGCUCUGCUAACAAGUGCCUUCUGAAGGUGGCUGUCUAUGCAGCUCAACUGGAACAGUACCAGAAGGCCAUAGAGAUCUAUGAACAGGUUGGGACCAAUGCGAUGGACAGCACGUUGCUAAAGUACAGUGCUAAGGACUACUUCUUCAAGGCAGCUCUCUGCCACUUCUGCGUGGACAUGCUCAAUGCCAAACUGGCCUUGCAGAAGUACGAAGAAAUGUUCCCCGCUUUCUCAGAUUCUCGGGAAUGUAAACUGCUGAAGAAACUUCUAGAUGCGUGUGAAGAACAGAAUGUGGAUGUAUAUACUGAUGCCGUGAAGGAAUAUGACACUAUCUCUAGGUUGGACCAGUGGCUGACCACUAUGCUCCUCCGCAUCAAGAAGACCAUAGAAGAAGACGAGAGUGACCUGCGUUAAUGGCCUUAACGUCACUAGACACCUAACCCCCCCCCUAAACCCCUAUAUCCAUUUCUCCGACCAAAACCUCAUCCAUACCUAGGGCUGUUAAGGCGACCGUAUUACCACCUCCCCAGCAGUCACCAGUCAUGAUUGCAGUCAAAUUGCCCAUGAGUCAAGGUAAAACUAGGCUUCUCCAAAACUGAGCUGUGAUGCCGCUGUUGGUAAUUGGUACUCUGCGCUCCAUUGUCCCUGUAAUCACUUACAUUUACAUUACAUUUAAGUCAUUUAGCAGACGCUCUUAUCCAGAGCGACUUACAAAUUGGUGCAUUCACCUUAUGACAUCCAGUGGGACAGUCACUAUGCAAAUACAGUGGAGAAUGAAAUCAAACACUUCCUGAGAGCCCUGGCAGUCAAGAGUUGAGUGGAUCACCUGUUGGGCAGCGAGAGCCAGCUCCUCAUAGCUGGUUGAUGCAUGGAGUUAAAUAUGUGCUUUGUUGGGGCAACAUUUCUACAGCUUAUGUUAUGCAAUUGCGUGAGAAAACAGUUUUGAUGGCCUCUGUUAAAAAGAGGAGGAUCCUAUCCGCUUUCUAUAGGCUAGGCCGACUAUAUUUAUUUCUCAACUUUCUUAAUAUUAUUAAGCACGUUACAACCAGAGUCGUCUGUCUACUUGGCUGGCAGGAAAUUGAACCAUGGGAAAAGCGUCCUCCAUUUGUCAUUCAAGUUAAAAGAUGACUUUAUUUUUUUUUAUUCCCGUUCAGACCGGUGCGUGUUAAUGGUCCCUUCUAAAUCAGAACUCGUUUCACACACAUUAUUUAGUAUUAGUAUUUGUAAAGAUACAAUUAAAUGGAAAAUAGUCUGAUGGGUGAAAAUAUUAAUCACCUCGGAAUGAUGCCCAAAUUAUUAUUAUUAUUAUAUAUAAAAAUUAUUCAUGAAUUAAUUUAUGGUGAUAGUCAACUAUAUUGAAUGAAUUAAGAUGUUCGUUUUU